CUCCCCUCUGCACGUGCGGCUCGUGAGAUUCCUGCAGAGCGCGAGGGCGCUGUUGCACAUGCGCGCUGGUUGCGGUGUCAUCAUCUUCACCAUCAUCGAUACAAGUUGUUGUACGCUGAAGUAUUCGCCUCAUUGUUCAGACGAACACGCCACACAGAAGGACGUCGAGCCACAGCCGGACACAAGCCUGAAUUUCUGAGGUGCUGUUGCCAAUCCUGAUCCCCGUGCAGCCUUUCCUCAUCCUCUGAACGCAUCUGUCUUCCCUGACCGUUCAGUCUUCAGCUCCUCGCACGAGAAAGCAGACAUGCCUCCAGCUGUAGGUGGUCCUGUGGGGUACACGCCUCCUGAGGGAGGCUGGGGCUGGGCGGUGGUGCUAGGUGCCUUCAUCUCCAUUGGAUUCUCCUACGCUUUCCCCAAGUCCAUCACUGUCUUCUUCAGAGAUAUAGAGACUAUCUUCGAUGCCACACCCAGCCAGGUUUCAUGGAUCUCCUCAAUCAUGCUGGCUGUCAUGUAUGCUGGAGGUCCAAUCAGCAGUAUCCUUGUGAAUCGGUUUGGCAGUCGACCAAUCAUCCUUGUUGGUGGCUGUCUGGCAGGAUCGGGGCUGAUUGCCGCCUCCUUCUGCAAUACUGUGGAGCAGCUCUACUUCUUUAUAGGAGUCGUGGGAGGUAUGGGACUGGCAUUCAACUUGAAUCCAGCACUUACUAUGAUUGGUAAAUACUUCUACAAGCGGCGACCCAUUGCAAAUGGCAUUGCCAUGGCAGGCAGCCCAGUCUUCUUGUCCACACUGGCGCCUCUAAAUUCAUGGCUCUAUGAUGCAUUUGGGUGGAGAGGCAGCUUCCUCAUUCUGGGAGGGCUCCUUCUUAAUUGUUGCGUAGCCGGCUCUCUCAUGCGCCCAAUUGGGCCCCAACCCCAGGUGGCCAAAUCCAACCCUGAGAUUGGAGAGACCACGACAGCUGAUUCUGCAGUGCAGCCACAGCCAAAGAAGACUGUGCUACAGACAGUCAACUCCUUCAUUGACCUGACCCUGUUUAAGCACCGUGGCUUCUUGCUGUACCUGUCCGGUAAUGUGGUUAUGUUUUUCGGACUGUUUGCUCCCCUGGUCUUCCUCUCUAAUUUUGCCAAGAACAAGGAUAUCAGCAAGGACAAAGCAGCAUUCCUUCUCUCAAUACUGGCAUUUGUUGACAUGUUUGCCCGCCCAUCAAUGGGACUUCUGGCCAACACCAAGUGGGUCCGGCCUAGAAUCCAGUAUUACUUUGCUGCGUCUGUCCUCUACAAUGGAGUGUGUCAUGUUCUGGCACCGCUGUCAGUCGAGUAUACUGGAUUUGUGGUCUAUGCCAUCUUCUUUGGUUUUGCUUUUGGCUGGCUGAGUUCGGUGCUGUUUGAAACACUGAUGGACUUGGUGGGUGCUCAGAGGUUCUCAUCAGCUGUCGGCCUGGUCACCAUUGUGGAGUGUGCACCAGUUCUGCUGGGACCACCGUUAACAGGACGUUUCUACAAUGACUACGGCCAUUACUCCUACACUUACAUUUCUUGCGGUAUCAUCCUCAUGAUUGCAAGUUUAUUCCUCUUUGUGGGAAUGGGCAUCAACUACCGCUUGUUGGAAAGGGAGAGAAAAGCAGAGGAGAAGAAGGAAAAGGAGCAGCCCAAGGAGGAGUGUGCCGCCAUGCUGGCAACAAAGUCUGACGAGGACGCAACCACCCCGCCGGCGGCUGUCACCAUGGACGAUGUUGCAAAGAUGGAUGAGGACACUGUGUAGAGAAUGAAAACAACCCAAGAUAAACGCACAUAACGUGUCGCAGAUAUACACACACUGGUGAAACAGUUGGUCAGCACAACUCAGUCUUUGAUUUAAAUAAUUUUAUACACAACAGAGAAGCCAGACACAUUUAGAGGGCUGCAACUUUUAAUCGCUUACAUAUUAAAGUAUUUUAUGUUUAUGAGAAACAAAUGUUUGAAUAGGUCAUAUAAAAUUUGAAUGUGUGCGUUUAGGUAUAUUUUCAGUGUAAGGACGGAUGUGGAGCUGUGGAAAUUAUGCGGUUAACUUUUUCCACACCAUAAAAAGUGAAAACUUGCAUUGAAUCUUUUUAGACCAAAGCUGCAGCCAGUAAUUGACAGUAGAGUCAGUUUCCAGAGCCAUGCUAUCAAAAUGUGCAGUGUUGUCAUUGACGCUGUCCACAUAUUCCAGCGAGCUAGCUGCCCAGCUAACUGAUAAUGUUGGCUAUUUUAAGUAGUCUUUUGGACAGAGUAUUUUUGUUAUAUUACACAUGCAGAUAGCAGAUCAGAUUAUUUGUAUAUGAACUAUUUAAAAUCCUUUGCACCAUUCUUGCAGUACACUAACCAGCCAUCACUUUUUGUAUUGUGUACUUGUGCACACACUGAUCUGUGCAUAAUAUUGCCAAAAAAAAAAUUUGAUCACAUUAAGUGAGGGAACAUUUCAUGCCAACACAGUGCUGCUGGUGUUGCUCUCUGAAACAUCUGUGUACCACGCUACCUGUUAGCCAGUGUUGCACAGCAUUCAGACCUCUGGUAAUAGUGUUUGAUGUGCCUUUUUAAAAUUUGCGUUCUCUGUGCACACGUCCUAGUCAUCACUCAGCAGUGAGAAUGCUUUCAGCUUCAUCCCAUAAUUCCAUUAGGACUUUACUCUCAGGAACGGGACCUGCCAAAAUAGUUUAGAACCUUCCUCUGAGUACCUGGGAAUGCUAUAGAUUUCUCCCUUAUAGAAUUACAGUGUCUGUUAAAAAGAAAUCGCUCCCUUGGUCUUUUGGCAUGUUUUAUCCACUUUUAAAAUGGUUUUUAUUAGGUUUCUUUCAAAAGCUGCAAUUUUACAAAUCUGAGUCUGUAUUUACUGACGUUGUCAUUGUGGAUGAUACCAUGAUCUCUGCAAAAUCAAUGGAUACCCUGGUUGCAUCACUUGCGAAGCUCAGCAAAGAAACAAUGUUUGGGUUUGUGGUGGUUGUGGCUUAUGAUUAAGAUCCAGCAUUUCAAUGGCUUCCUGGACUUAGCCGUCAGAAGUGUAGCUGCGUGAGUGAAAUUUGUUCCAACUGUGGAGACCCCACUCUGACCAGCCUGCAAACCCCGUGAGAGCCAGUAAGAGUGAUGGUGAGCAGAGGCCGUUUUUCGAUUGCAAAUCAGUCUUGGACUCGGUCUCAACGGGGUGUUAGUGAGACUUGCGUGAGAAGGAGCGUUGGUAUUGAGGCAAUGUUAGCUACAACACCAUAGCCAUGUGGCAAGUUUCUCUGGGCCUGAUUCAGGUGCUUCGGUGCUGAGAACCCCAGCAGCUGCACAAGGCCAAGAUGAUGCCACAGUAUCACGUGGCUAUGGCAAAUGGCUACUUUCAGGAGGUCAGGAUGGCUCGUGGUCUACAACCAUGCAGGAAUCUGGGUGGUUCCCGAGUGAGAUGGGUGUGGCAUCGCAGGGUACCAAUGCCUCUGGUCCUAACUACUCUCAAAGUGAAGAAACUCUAUGCAUCUAAAUAAUAUAAAAUUGCAAAAUUCUGUUAUAGAUUGUAUAAGUACUCGUCCAUUCAUACAGUAUCAUUCAUAUCUCAUGAUGACAACAAACUGCAUCACAUUUUCCUCUAAGGUUUUGGUGCAUCUUGCAUCUUAGUGAUCCUAGUUAACAACACGGAAGCUUCUCCACAGCUGCUGCCACCACCGUGCUUCAUAACCAGGAUGUGUACAUUUCAUUAGUCUGAUUAGGGUGAUUGUUUUCUUUCAGCUGAUUUUAGAGUCUCCAACGAUCACUCUUGAGCUUAAAUUUCAUGUAGUUUCAUUUCAAUUUAUCUUAUAACGUAACAAGUUUUUUUUUUUUCUCUCCUUCUGUGCCACUCUGAACUCGUAGCUGGUGAAACUACAGGUUGACAGUUUCUACACUCACAGCUGCUGAAGACCUCCUUCGUAGUAGUAGUCAUGGUGUCUUUUAGUUUCUCAGUAGUCCCAGCGGGCUGACUUAAUACAAACUGGUAUCGCAAUAAUUUGGACUUUACUGAGAUCUGCUUCAUACUCUGCUUAUAACAAGAUGCUUUCAUUAUUAAAGUGGGUGAGUACUUGAUACUGGUCCGUUAUUUUGCUUAAGAUAUAAAUUUAGUGACUUGGACCACAUUAUAGAGAUUUGUUCACUUUGAGCUGACAACAUAAUUUUUAAAGUUGGUGCAUAAACUUUAAAUUUAUUGCUUUUGAUUUGACAUUAAACAAACAUGUAAAAGUUUAAGAUUACUAUUUUUUUUUUUUUUUUAAUAGGCACUAUGGUUAGCACGCACAGCUGGGCAAAAAUUUCAAUACACAUUUAUUGUGGAAAUGUCUGGUUGGUAUGUUUAGUGUAUAGUGUUAUGUGUUUGAGAAAGGGAGAUAAAUUUGUCAGAAAUGGCCAGUGCUGUACGAUGAACAGAGUGUUGGCGGAAAUAUUUCUGUUCUUUACGCACAGCCGUGAAUAAGGUCACACUAAGCAUUGCUUAUUAACAUCUGAAGGUUAAACUAAUGAAGAAAUCUCUGAAAA